AAUAUAAUCCACGGUAAUGAGUUGCCUUGGCUUGACCGUUGUGUUCGAAUAACUACAAUCGUUCGUUUUCAUUUAUCCUAUCGCUUAUACAAUAGCGUGCUGCACACAAAAAAAUCACGAAUCGACUAAUGCCAUGAACAAUACAAUCAAUGUGCUGUGCACGAACUUCCUAUCAGUUAAGUUACGGAGCUAAUGAUUACCCUGGGAAAGGUCUUUCGCUAUUCUGUCCCUCCACAGUUUCCGUCCAUGGGUAAAGGUGAUGUGAAGCUAACUCUUUAGUAAACAAAUAAAUCUACAUUUUACAAAGUGUUGGUAGACGUGUGGGGCACAUUGUGGACAUAUUGAAAUGUGUAUAUAGCAUUGGGCUGCUCUUGCCAGAAGACUGUAUAGAACGUUGCUAGCUAACAAAGCACAGGCCUAAUCCACGGUUGCAAGUGAGCGGAAGUGGUAGUCUACCUGUCGUGAUAAUGGACUCUUGGGUUCGAUUCAGCUCGCAGAGCCAAGCCAAGGAGCGCGUUUUCAGGGCUGCACAGUAUGCCUGUACGUUGCUAGGCUACACUCUCCAGAAGGGUGGGUCAGGCGUUCAGCUCCUGAAGAUGGUAAAACAACUGGAAACGCAUAUGAGCCUAACAAGGAAGUUGAUGCGUCUGGGGAACUCUGCAGAGGCUGUGGAGGCAGCGAAGCGAGCGGUGCACCUCUCAGACAGCGUACUACGUCUCUGCCUGACCGUGGCCCACCUCAACAAGGCCAUGUACUUCGCCUGUGACAACGUGCUGUGGGCUGGCAAGGUGGGCCUCCUGCCCAAACUGGACCAGGACAAGUGGAACCAGAGAUCCUUCAGGUACUACCUCUUUGCUCUCAUGCUCAACCUAACCCGGGAUGCCUACGAGAUCCGCCUGCUUAUGGAGCGUGAGGCCCGCACCUCCCACGGGGGGUCAAAUGCUACCUGGAUCUCCUCUCCACCCCCUGAUAACGGAGACCUCUCCCACCCCCACCCCUCUUCCUCCUCCUUCCCUGUGGCCAUAUUACCCCUUCUGUCCGAACGCUUCGGCAGACAGUUCCACCUGCUGGGGACGGUGCUGCGCAGCAACCCACCGCUGCUGCUGGACCUGCUGAAGAAUGCAUGCGAUGUGUUUAUCCCACUGGACCGGCUGGGCAUCUACCCUACCGGCCAGGGCUUCGUGGGGGCCUGCGGCCUGGCCUCCUCUGUUCUCUCCAUCCUCACCAUCGUCCACCCCUGGCUCAAGCUCAAACCGUGAAGAAACCCAAAUUUUUUGGUUGAACGUUCUAGCUCAAGUCGAACAUUCCUCAAGCUCAAGCCUGGAAGGAGGCAUUUUGGCAGAACGUUUUAGGUCCGCUGGUAGAAGUCUAGAAGUGCUGUUGUGUCUAAGGAUGCAGCAUGAUGGGUCCUGUACACUGUUUGCUUGGAAAGUUUAGAGUUUUGAGCAGAUCAUGCUCAGAUAUAGGUUGGUGGACUGAAACAGUAGUAUUUCGAAUCAAAGAGAGAAUUUGCAAUUGAGCGUUGUAUUGGAAUUACGUCUUUUGUAUCCUGUUCAUGCUCUAAAAUGUUCAAACACUAAAUUCCCCAAAAGCUGUUUGGUUUGGUAGUUGAGAAGGACCUUCCCCAUGCAAGUGUAUUGAACCGGCACAUUGAGCAUUGUUGACUCCGAAUGGUACACACACACACAGAGGUAGAUGCAUAAACACAAAGUCAAAUUCAUGAAGUUUGUCAGUUGUGAUUUAUCCAGGCUUUAAAGAAAAACUACCAAAAACUAUAUUUCGGUAUUUGUUUCAUUCGUCCAUUGUUGAUGUAGCCCCAAAUGUUUUCAAGAUGUAUAACUUUCUAAAUACAGCCUGUAUGAUGCAUUUAUCAUGAUGCAAAAUUCAUCAUACCGGGUGUAUUUCUGUAUUUUGAAAGUUCUACAUCUUGUGCUACACAGCACAAAGAAAGCCAGAAUGUCCUUCAGUGGGUGGAUACUUUGGGAUUUUGACAAUGAUGACCCUUUAUCUACUUCCCCAGAGUCAUGAACUCAUGGAUUCCAUUUUAAUAAACUCACAAGCUGUGGGGAGCACAUGACAAACCCAAGUAUGUUGAUGAUCCAUAAUAUCUUCUCAGAUGAUUGUGAGGAGCAGCUGUCUUGCAUGUCUCAAGUCCAAACUUCUCUGUCAAAGGAGAGAGACCACGUCCACAAAUACUACUAACUGUCCUCUUUCAUAACUUGCACUUAGUUUAUAACCUUAAUUAGCAUUUGAAAUGGAUCCUGGUCUCUAUUAGGAAAGUGCUUCCACAUCCCUAUACAUACUGUUUCUGUCCUGUUAGUAUUCAAAAUGAUACCAUUGGAUAGGAUUAUCUGUACCUACAGCAUUGGUUUGGCAGAUAGGCCUAUUGUCCAAUGUUAUCCGUGAGGAACGCCGUACAGCUAGAUGUGUGGAACAUCUUCCUCAGUUAAUUAAAGCCAUAACAUAAAGCUUUAUUUCUAUGAAGAGGUGCAAUAAAUUAUUUUCUCAUACCAUGUGUGAAUGUUUAAUAAUAAUGACUGAGGUGAAGGGUCCUUUUUAUAAGCGGGUAAAGGGGACAUUUAUUGGCUUGUAUAGGGAAGCAAACCAGUCGGCUGUGUUCUUGUGCUGAUAUGGGUAAUAUGUCCACAUUAGAGUAUUUUACUAACAUUUAUGCAUGUGUGAAAUAAAUUGAGUUUACAGAGCCAGUGAUUAUGACAAUUAAGCAAAUGAUUCAGCCAACUCGGGCAUCUACUGAUUCAGUCCAUUUAACCUAAUCAUUUGUAGAUUUCACCCAAAAGCAAAUUAUUUAUUCUACUUGCAAGUACUUUUGUUAAGCUACUUAAGUCAAUUUGUAUAACUCAAUUACAUCAAUAAUGUGUAUUAAUGCCAUGCCAUUUAAAGCCACUGAACCGGAUGCGAAUUAAGCUAUAUUAGAUAUAUAAGUGCAUUCAGCUGCAAUGACACAGCAGUGGGAUAAAGCCAUGCUAUAUUAUUUAAAAAAUGUGUAACCUUUAUUUAACUAGGCAAGUCAGUUAAGAACAAAUUCUUAUUUACAGUGAUGGCCUACACCAGCCAAACGCUGAGGCAAAUUGUGUGCCGCCCUAUGGGACUCCCAAUCACGGCCGGAUGUGAUACAGCCUGGAUUCGAACCCCUUGCGCUGAGAUUUUUUAUUUCAACUUUAUUUAACUAGGCAAGUCAGUUAAGAACAAAUUCUUAUUUACAAUGAUGCCUACCAGGGAACAGUGGAUUAACUGCCUUGUUCAGGGGCAGAACGACAGCUUGGGGAUUUGAUCUAGCAACCUUUCGGUUACUGGCCCAAUGCUCUAACCACUAGGCUACCUGCCGCCCCAGGUAUAUAUAUUCAACUGUUACAGUGCAACGAGAACACUGUGCUGGAUGUCAAAAUAUGCCAUUUGGUCAAUUUCUUAGUCGCUGUCCUGGACAGGCUAAUUAUGGACAUGAUUUCUGGUAUAAUCUCCACUACUUUUGAAUCGAGUCACACUGUAGAGGUGUAACUGUUGAUGAUUCAUAAUCAAAUAUAAGACUAUAAUAAUCUAUGGCUUUGUAAAUAAUCCAGUAAAUAAUAUUUUAACUGUUUUUAUAUGAAUCGGAGCAGAUUGUUACAACCAUUUUCCUCAGUGAGUGAGAACAUUUUUAUAGCCAUGUUUAACAUCUUUGAAAUCUUGUCUUGAUGCUAAUGUACCACCAGUGCUGAUGCUUGGCCGCUGUGUGGAGAAAAGGUUUUCACAAAAUAAAGGCCUUUGAUUGAAGAUC